AUGGGCGUGCGCCGCGCCCGGCGCGCCCGCGGGGCCACGGCCGAGCUCGCCGCGCGGCUCCGGGCGCGGGCCGAGGAUGGCCGGCCCGGCAAGCGGGCCCGGAGCCCAAUCAAAGCUUUUCGACGUGUUGGCGCCAGAGUCAAUGGCGACGCGAUGGUGCAUGUCCUGAACUCCCUCGGUAACAUCGAGGAGACCAUGUCCACCAACAACGUCAUGCUGGAGAUGCGCGCCAGCAUCGCCAGCAACCAGACGCAGAUCAGCAACCUUGGCCAUAGCAUUGGGAAGACGGAAAAUGACACCGCAAAUCGCUAUGAUAACGCCCGCCCGCUGGCAGCAGUCGCACCAGAUCCCGCAGCUGCUGCCUUCCAGCGCGGCAGCAUCGGCCGCAAAGGUGUCCCAGGGCAGAUCGGCACCGUCUGCGGCAUCGGAUGCUUCGUCGUCUGGAGGAAGGACCAGAAGGAAACCGACCUGACAGUGAGGAUGGGUGCGCCGACCGAGGUGCGACAAGUCAACAGGAUCUUUGGAGCGCUGUGGGCCGGGGCGCUGCUGGCCUCCGUGCUGCCCGAGCCGGAGCGGCUGGCCGCCGUGGAGACUUGCCUGGGGCAGAUCCAGCUCCUGGUCCUGCGGCUCUUCGGCGAGGAGGCCUCGCUGGUGGUGCAGGGCUCCUACGCCCAGGGCCUGGCGCUGCGGAGCAGCGACCUCGACGUGGCCAUCGUGGAAGGCGCCGGCCCCGCGCAGGCGGGGCGGCGCGUCGGGCGGGGCAGGGACGACCCCGGCGAGGCGGAGAGGAUGGCCAAGAAGCGCGCGCUGUCCGUCCUGCAGCGCCUCGCGGGCACCCUCUCCGAGCUGGGCUCCCCAGAGGUGCGCGUGGCCAACCGCAUCUUCUCGGCGAGGGUGCCGGUGCUGCGGCUGCACUGUCGCGCCGGUGCGCAGGACCGCAAGCCCGGCCACGGCGCGGCGCGGCUGGUGGUGGACGUCUCCGUAGGGGGCAGCCUGGCGCGCGGGGCCUGCGACCGCUGCAUCCACGCGCUGCUGCGGCAGGACAAGGUUGGCGUGGCGCCCGCGCUGUGCAGGGCCAUCAAGUUGUGGGCCAAGAGGAGGCGGCUGACGGACACCCUCCGCGGGGGCCUCAGCAGCUUCGGGUUCGUGCUGCUGGGCGUGUUCUUCCUGCAGCGCCCGCCGCUGGGCCAGAGCGGCAGGCGGCCCGCGGCGGCGCCGCGCCUGCCGCCGCACGACGCGAUCGCCGACCGCGCGGACGCGGCCGCGUGCGAGGGGUGCCCCGACCAGUUCGGAGGUCACGCGGCUGGCACGUGGCCUGAGCUUGCGAUGCACCUGUCGGGCUUCUUUGACUGGGCGCAGGAGAUGCUGCCCAAGUACUGCGACCGGGAGCUCUCGGUAACGACGGCCAAGUUGGAGCCCCGGGCGCGGGGCAAGGGCGGCCGCAUGUGCCGCAAGCCGCUGAUGAUCCAGGUCCCCUUCUCGCCCGCGGACAACGCGGCGAGGUGCCUGCGCGCCGCCGUCUGGGAGGGCACGCUGCUCCCGGAGCUCGCCCGAGCCGCGCGGCUGGCGCACAGAGCCGUGGCCGCCGGCGGCGGCCGCAGCAGCGCCGCGGCCGUGCGCGCGCUGUUCGCGCCCGCCGGCGCGCCAGGGGACGAGCCUGCGGCAGGGCCGCGGGACCCGUCCCCGCCGGACACGGGGCCCGGCGAGCCCCAGGAAAGCUCCGGCGUGCCCCUCGCGAAGGGCGGCUGCGCGCGCCUCGCCGGCAGAGGGGCCGCCGACGGCGCCGGCCCGCAGAAGAAGCGGCGGCGGAUUUCCGCUAUGCGCGAGGCCUACCCGGUGGUCUUCGAGGAGGAGAGGGACCCGGUCGCCGCCGCGCUGGAGGCGUCUUCGUGCCCCUCCCAGCCGCACGGGGCCGCACCGGUGCAGCCCAGGUGGCAGAGCCUGCGGAGCCUGCUGCGCCCCUGACUGGGCCGCGGAGCGCUCCCCUCUCUGCCCGGGCGGCACCUGUUUUUGCUGUUGAGCUCUCCUUUCUAGACGCCGAGUUGUGUUGAUCCUCCCAUCCAGUGUAUUGCCCGCACCUCUUUCCCUGGCUGCUGGCUGCCGCCUGCCUGCCGCCGCUUUCGCUCCGCGCUCUGGUUGCCGCCGCCUUCUCCCGCCCGCCGCGCGCUCGAUCGCGCGUUUUCUCGAGUGUGGGCCGAGCGCUGCCGAGCGCGGCGGCGGGCGGUGCCGCGCUCGUGGAGCGCCCGAAGGGCAGGAAAAGGC